ACACACACCGCCAAAUGAAAAACGGCUCAUCUCUGGUGAGGCAUCUGCUGCUUCAUCUUCUUAUCCUAUCGGCGGCCGGCGAACCCACAAAGAAAAAGAACCACUUCAUGCUGGUGCACGGUUCCUGCCAUGGGGUGUGGUCAUGGUACAAGCUCUCCACCAUACUCCAAUCGUGGGGCGACGACGUCACUGCCCUUGACAUGGCCGCCUCCGGCGUCGACCCCAGGCAGCCAAAGACAAUAUCCUCAGCGUUUCAGUACUUUCAGCCGUUGACGGAGUUCUUGGCCGGUUUUCCCUCCGGCGAGAGGGUGGUUCUCGUCGGCCACAGCUUCGGCGGGCUGGGAGUUGCCGUUGCUUUGGAGGAAUUCCCAGAAAAGAUCUCUGUUGGUGUCUUUAUCGCUGCCUCCAUAGCUGCUCCCAAUCUCAGUGUUUCCACCGUUCGUGCAGAGGAACGAUCUCCACAGUUGGACAGUCAUAAUGUGUACGAAAAUGGAGAGGACAAGCCUCCAACGUCUUAUAUUUUGGGUCAUUUGAAGUUGGCAAAACAUCUCUACUCACUCUCACCACCCGAGGAUUUGUCAUUGGCAAUCACAUAGGUGAGACCUUUUCCUCUAUUGAAAAUCAAUGAUUCUGAGUUCAAGUUCACAUAAGAAAGAUAUGGGUCUGUGAAAAGGGCUUACGUUAUUACAGAGAGAGAUUUAAUGACGACAAUGAAUUUUCAACUGUGGAUGAUUAAAAAUAACCCACCCGAUAUUGUUGUGGAGAUUAAAGGAUCAGAUCAUAUGGUCAUAGUAUCCAAGCCGGUCGAGCUUGCCUAUCAACUCCAACGUAUUGCCCAACAAGUAAAACAUGUUGGAAUUGUUCUACCUUCUAAAAUAUUACCUCG